UAUACUCAUUUUCGCUGUUGUAUUUAUUCACGUUCCUCCCGCAGGUCUCUCCGCUGCUAGCCAGCGAUUUGAACUCCAGCCAGCUUAACUACUUCAGAGAGCCAUCGGUCUCCUGUGAUUAAUAGCUUGUGUUCAGUGUCGCACAUUUUUCUGGACACCAGAACAAUGUCUCACUUUAAUGGCCACCCCUACCAUACCAUGCCAACUAUUCAUCCUUCUCGUAAUAAUCACCCACUCCCCCUCAGCCCACCGGAGACUGAUCAAGAAUCAUUCCACGCUCAACUGCCACCCGCUUGUUUUGCUGCUGGUGCAGAGCUGGAACAGUUAGCACAUUCUACUUCUGGUUUGCCUGAGCGUCCCAGAAUAGUGUCUCGCAGAACAUCCACUCUGUCAUACCAGAACUCGGGAGUGCGAGAUGGCCGCGAGCGAACCCUUUCACGCGGCUCAAAGUCCCUGAUCGUUGUGCUUCCUCCACCAGACUUUCCCCUGGACCAUAGUCAGCUAGGCAGUGUGCUAUCAAUGGGACCUCGUCAUCGUUUGUCUCAGGGUAUCCUCAUGCCCCUGUUCCCUACGAUGUACGGGCAGCUCACUGCAAUCGCGCGGGAGUUCAAUUUUCCCAGCACCGUGGGCUUGUGUCUCUACCACCAUAUCACUGACAAUGGUAUCACCGUGACGCCGCGCAUCUCUGACGAUGCUUGGCAAUACCUAUGGGGGCAUCUCAUUGAGUCGCGUUCGUCUUCGGGUGGCUCUCAACUACCCAUUGGUGGUCGCAUAGAAUUUGACAUUGACUUCAAUAAAGCUCGCUGGUUCGAUGCCUGGCUUUCCGGCACACUACGUGACGACACCAUAGUUCCUGCUCCGCAGUCUCAUGCAUCUAUACACCACUUGCGUGGAGAUAGUAAGAAUACGUUUGCAGAGGAGCACAUUGCGAAUGAAGACCGCUGGGAUAAUCAGACCACUCGGUCGAACUCAAGACCUGCAACUAUCCGUCACGCGCCCAAAAAACUGUCUCUCGUCGACCGGCUAGACUCUACUGCGCUCCAAGCUUCGUACAAAGCAUCGCAGGCCACUUCUCCACCUGCAAAUCGUGUUGCACAUCAACUCUCUCCCAUCCCACAGUCUGCAGCUCCGCCGGCGUCGAAAGCCGAGCUUCAUCGGCGCGUUAAUUCUUGGAGGGCGAGUGCAUUCUUGGAUCCUGCGUCGAUGACGGAGUCCUACCAGCCUGUCCCUGAUGCUACAUUGGGCGCUGGGGCGAUUGAGGCUAUGGAUGAGUACCCCUUGGAGGCGGAGGUCGAAGAGCCUCUAAAUUUGGCAGACUUUGCCUGGUCCGUCACGUCCGCCGGGCCACCGAGUCCACCUUUGGAUUCUCCAGCAUCUCACUACCGUCUUCCUUCUGUUCAUCUCGACCGUCGCAUGUUGGAAUCCGCACCUUUGACCCCAAGCACAGCAACUAGCUGGGGACCUCCGGAUGAUGAUCGGCUUUCGGACGUGUCGAGUAUCGAUCGUCUACCUUCGCCUGACAUUGGUAGACGUAUGCUCGAGAGCGCACCCCUGACCCCCGCAACGGCUACUAGCUGGGGGCCAGCCGACGAUUGGCAGUCAGAUGUAUCCAGCGUCGAUCGCUUGCCAUCCCCAGAUAUUGCUCACCGAGUGGUGGAAGAUGCUUUAGUGAGUCAUGUAUCAAUGCCAGGGGAGUCAUACAGUCCAUGGGUGGGCAUGUCUGCUUCAUCUUCGUCAUGGUUCGAUGUUACGAAAGUGGCGACACUUCCAUCAACUACUUCUUAUAAUCCGUGGGCUGGAAUGCCAUGGGUCCAGGUUUGGCCUUGGUCCGAACUCGACAGUACACAGUCUGGGGACUCCUAUAGCUCCUGGGCUAUUGUGCCUGCCAUCCGGGCAUGGCCUUGGUUCGAUAUUCGUGCCUCCGAAGAGAAGAAAGACCCAGAGUUGGAGCGCAGCACCUCUUUAAAUCCCUGGGCUGGUAUGCCCUGGUUUAACGUUGGGCCGUGGCAUGACGUUAACGGCGCACAAGCUAGCAAUUCCGUGGUCAUUUCUCUCAGUAGAUCAGGAGGGUUGAAACCUGCAUAUCCUAGUCUAGACAUCUAUCCCGCUGCUUACCCUUAUUUCGAUAUUUAUCCCGCGUUUGCAGAAGACGUCGGACAGAACAGCAGCGCUGGAGGUUACCCUAUAUUUGAAAUUUAUCCUGUCGUUUACCCUUAUUUUAACCUAUAUCCUUCGAUUGCCUGCUCAACUAUUUCUUCUCCCGAAAAGCCGGCUGCCUCUCAGCCACCAAAAACCGUCAUCGUUGAACUUGAACCAACUUACCCCCUAUUUAACCUUUAUCCGCCUCUUUACCCGUAUAAUCUCAAUUCGAUCUAUCCGGCUCCGACCGUCAAAUUAUCUUUAUCUGUGCUACUUCCAAGUACCUAUCCGUGGUUGAUUAUUUAUUCGCCCGUUUACCCUCAUGUGAACCCAUAUUCGCAAGCCAGUGCCGAAGUGACCAGAACCGAGGAAGCAAAAGACGAGAUCGCGCAGCCGGUCCAGGUGAAACUUCAGCCGCAAUAUCCCAUUCUUGAUAUAUAUCCAGCAGGAUAUCCAUGGAACCUGUAUAAAGUAUAUCCCCCGAUCAAAGUCGAGGAUACCUCUGAAAUCACAGUCCGCUUGUCGUCGCGCUACCCAUGGCUAGACAUCUAUCCCUCUGUUUACCCUUUUAUAGAGCCAUACUCGAUGCAGAGCAGGAUAUGCGAAAGCCCUAGCAGCAGAUCUCAGACUUCCUUCAAGUCGGAAUGUGUAAAAGUCACCCUGGAUAGGUAUUACCCGUCAUUCGAUUUAUAUCCCAUGACAUAUCCGCACUUUGACCUGUAUCCUGCCUCGCCAAACAUCAAGUCCGGAGGUUCGCAACAAGAGCAGGGGAUCGACUCCACCAAGAUCAUCACCGAUAGCGUAUCAGUUGACCUUGCAGGCACUUAUCCAUACGUUUUCCCUUAUCCUCCCGCUUAUCCUCACUUCGACUUGUAUCCGCGUGUUCAGAUACAUGCGUCCCGUGAUAGUGAGGACAUGACCGACAAUAAGUCCUUCGUUUCGAGUAGCACGUACCCUUUCCUGGUUAUUUAUUCUCCUGUGUAUCCUCACUUCGAUUUGUAUCCCGCGCAAGCGGCAGAACCAGCAAGUCGGGAGGAAGACACGGCGAACGGCAAGUUCUUCAUUUCGAGGAGCACGUACCCCUUCUUGGCCAUUUAUCCUCUUGUAUAUCCUCACUUCAAUCUGUAUCCCACGCGGGCAGCAGAACUAGCGAGGCGGGAGGAGUCUUUGGACAUGACCGACGGCAAAUUAUCCGUUUCGAGUAGCUCGUACCCCUUCCUGACCAUUUAUCCUCCUGUGUACCCUCACUUUGAUCUGUAUCCCACGCGCGCGGCAGAACCAGUGAGCCUGGAGGAGUCUUUGGAGAACAUGACCGACGGCAAAUUAUCCGUUUCGGCGUACCCCUUCCUGGUCAUUUAUCCUCCUGUGUAUCCUCACUUCGAUUUGUAUCCCACGCGUGCGGCAGAACCAGUGACUCGGGAAGAAUCAAUGAUUCCUAAUAUCACUGCUAGUUCAUAUCCCUAUCUCGUCGUCUAUCCACCUGUGUAUCCAUACUUCGACUUGUAUCCCGGUAUCCCCCCGACAGUUGAUGCGCUUGCCGCAAGCAGCAAAUUGGCUGUUAGAAUAGAUCACGGGUACCCCGUCUUAAAUAUCUACCCUGCUGUCUACCCGCACUUUGAUAUUUACCCCGCAUUUAGUACCAUAGCGCAGCCACUUCAGAAGGUGUUUAAUAUGUCAGUGUGCCCGUUAUCUGCGAGAGGACGCAGGAAGACGCACGCCGAACUGCACACCGAGGCGGCACCAUUACCUAUGCCUCCUGUGACCAAGAGAAAGCCGGCAAAAACUCACCGUCAGCUACAUGCUGAAGUAUUUGCCAAUGGAGUCACUUGGACACCUAGCGGGUAUGUGCAAGACCUAGCACUUCCCAACAAGUCACACGAAGAACGUUCUCGUGGCCCGGGGCGUCGAAUGCCUUCCAUACAUGAAGUGGGACCUCGACUGUCGCGUUCCCGCUCGGGGACUCUCACUGGGACUCUCACCAACCAGCAAGCGCCGAAUAGUCCAUCGCUGCGAGAGAGACAACCUCCGGUACUGCACAACGUACCCCCGAUCCCCCCUCUCCGCAUCAGCAGUCCAGGGGUGCCAGCUGCGGCAGAGUUCCCAAUCCCCAUAUCACCACCCGUAUCACCUACCUCACGCCUGUCGCAGGCAGUGAGAUCCCUUGGAUCGUCGAUCAUGCCGGGAAUCCAGGGGCGCAAUUUGACAUCGACCUCAGACGAUCACAACGAGAGGGCAAAGUCUCCUACAAGGUCUAUGUUCCCCUCCUUUGAUCGACGCAGCUCCGUGAUUCCAUCACCACCUCCCCAUGAUCCGUCGGACCUCAUUGGACGCAGUCGGUCGCCUGUCCAUCAGGCCGCCCAGAGCCUUGUUUUGCAGAGAGCCAAAGCGUAUGAACAAUCGACUGUUUCCUCCAAGCAUCACUCUCACAACAUGAGAGGCACGCAAUUCUCACUGCCCCAACUGCCCUCGCUGCUUUCUGUUUCUGAUUUCCAUACUGUAAAAGAGGGUUCGAAGACCGACAGUUGAAAUCACAGCCUCUUAAAGAACAUCACUCCUUAGACCUCGUCUUGAGUUGUAUUGUAUUACUACAAACUAUUCAAUUCAUGCCAUAAUCUCGACCGUUGGACAGUGUAGAUGUGAGCAUGUUAAAUCAGAAGGGGUGGAAAAUUGUCAGUCAUGGUACGUACGGGGGAGGUUCAUCUACUACGGGGUCAGAUGAUGAUAAAACAU